ACCAACUUUCUGCAGUACAGGGCGCGGUACAUCUUGUACAUCGUCGUGGUGGUCUGGAUCCCGCUGGCGAUCCUGCUGUGUGUGGCGAUCCCGCUGAUCCUGACGAUCCUGGGGCUCGGCAACCGGUCGUCCAACUCCAAGAUCAUGCUGUAUCUCAACACCAAGGGCAGCAACUUUGACCUGGCAGAGGUCGAGAAGGACCGCAAGAACGUCUUGGACCUGAAUCUGGGCAGCGCCGGCGAACUUGCGGACUCAUUCAACCCGACCCAGGACAACGGGAUCAUGCACGAGACGAUCCGAUAUGUGGCAUGCGUAGGUCGCAGGAGCUUGGGUGUGCACUCUGCAGUCCGCAUGCAUCUUGCCGGUGGUGUCGAGCUUGGACAUGGACACGAUUUGUUCGAGUGGCUCGGAUCGGAGGGCCCUUGUCGUCCUCACUGCCAGUGCGCUGGGAUGCUAACGACCAAACAUGGGCCUUGACAACCGAUCCAGAGGAGCAUAUCGAUCCAGCGCUCCGACGAAGACAGCAGCACCAUCCAGGAGCUCGGCCGCGGCUGCAGUGUCUAUAUGCUGCCGUAUGCCCCCAACACCUUCAUGCUGCAAACCAAGGUGAGACUAUACCCUCUGGCGAUCGCCAGAGAGCAGGCCAUUUGGCAGGCGGGUUUGUCAACGAAUGCAUCUCUGUACGCGGCCAUCGAGCCAACCAAUACUCACGACUCUGGGACGGGGGACCGCGGCAUUCAGGACGGCAGUCGCGGCGUCGUGAUGAGCAUCAGCCAGCAGCCCUAUGUCGAAGUUCACACGACGAUGAAUGUCUCGACGAUCCGGAUCCUGGAUGAAGAAGUGAACUGCUGGGGACUCGAGCUCGAAGAUCGCUAUGCUCUCAGCAUCCUGGCAUACUUGGACGGGCUGCUGUACUGAGGGCACUGGCACCAUAGAUCCUGCGGCGUUGUACCAGCGCUCGCCAACCUUGUGCCCGGGGUUGUAUUGCGGCGCGGGGGGUCAUUGCGCAGGGGCCAUGUGGUGUGGGAAUGUCCUCUGCGUGACGGCGACCACCCUUCAACACGGACCCAUCUGGCCGGGCUGAUGUCGUGGACAGCCAGCAAGGGG